AGGUGACGACAAUGAUGAAAAUUACGAAAGCGACGAACUGAGGAUGCCUUUUGUCUCGCGUCAUGUGGUUGGAGACAGGAAGGCUGGUGGUGUGUUUGUAAGCAACCUGCUGAAAACCUGGACUGAAGUCUCUAGGCUUAACUACCUUGAAUGUCUCUCGGACAGUAUGGUCGGAAGUGGCAUCUUGAAACAAAAUUUAACAGCCCGUAGAAGAUUAUCGCUGCCUUCCCAGUUGCUCGAAGACAUACGGAAUAACCCAGAGGACAUACUUUCCGAAGCAUUCCCACAUAACGUGACGCCAUUAAUGAACGAAGAGCAACUCUGGGGCUGCUUCUACAACUUCCCUGAGCUGUACGAGGACGCGUACUCGCCGACGGUGCAAGUGCUGCGCCUGCGCGACGUGGCCGAGCUGGUCGGCGGGGUCCUCACGAGGGACAUGGUCGCCGCCUGCCUCACCUACCUGCACCGUAUCCCGAUACUCGGAGACUACGUUUACAUCAAAUUGAACCUCUCAGGAAAGCGAUUGCAGAAUAUUGACGUACUGCAACAUUAUAAAUAUUUGGUAUACUUGGAUUUAUCGUCGAAUCUGCUGUCAAACCUAAGUGUUCUGUCGCACCUUCUCUACCUGCAAUAUCUGUCCGUGGAUUUCAACAGACUGGAAACCGUAUUGGAGUAUAGCACACCGCAAUGGUUUCUCACAGAAGUUCGUUAUAAAUACAAUUCAGUGAAAAAGAUAAGAGACCUAGCUAUGUUUUGGUCGAUUACUAUUUUAGACUUGUCUCACAACAACAUCAAAAGUAUAACCGGUCUGCAAAGUUUAAGAUAUCUUCGUCAUCUAGAUUUAUCGUUUAACCACAUCCAGCGCCUGGAAAACUUGAACCAUCUACGAUUAUUAUGGCUGGAUGUGUCUUACAACAACAUUUCGAGCUUCGAACUAGGACCAGAGGAGGGACUUUGGACGUUAUUGGAACUUGACUAUCUAAAUUUGAACGAAAAUAAUUUAAAGUCCAUGAAGUUAUUUUCCGGAUGUACGAGACUACGCGAACUGUACGCCCGCAACAACAGACUCUGUUCACUGCUCGAGCUGGCAGUAUACAUGCGCCAGCUGUGCCGGCUGACCGUGCUCGAUCUCCGCGCCAACCCCGUCUGCGAGGCGCCCGGGUACGCGCACGUCGUCUGCGAUACCUUCCCGCUGCUUCUCAACCUGGACGCCACGGAUCUUGAUCCUGUCCGUCAAAGCAGAUUCAAAAUGGAUACGUGCCCGGACGUGAUCACGUUCGCGUGUCGGCGCCUGCUGCGGAUGCUGUACGUGGAACAGUUAUCUCGCGCCCGCGUGUCCAUGACUCCGCCCGCGGACACGGAAGAGGUUCCUCUCGUCGUGCUUGUCGGUGAAGAAGCCGUCGGCAAAGGCACUCUAGCGCGCCGCCUUGCUGCCGAAUACGACUCGAAGAUAAAACUUGGCCUCCAGCACACAACAGCUGUUUUCCAUACCCCGGGCCACUACAUAGUAGUUUCUCGGCAAAAGUUUGAUGACAUGUUGCUCGCGGGCGAGUUCCUCACCUACAGUGAAAUGGAUGGCGAAUCAUACGGACUGAGUCGCGAAGAGGCAUUUAUAUCAGACGGCAAGGUGCGCGUCUGCAGCAUGAAUCUCAUAAGUGCUCUGAUGCUAAAGCUACGAGGAAGACGCCCAUAUUUGAUUCUGACCACGUGCCAUGACAAGAACGAAUUAGCUGCCAGACAAAUUCUACGCAAAGUAGUGCGCAACAGCGAAUACGAGAAACGCACGUCAAACGUACCAGUCCCACAGACCUCCACGCUGCAUGUGCUGCUCUCUGGACGCAUUAUCAUCAACGGCAUCCUUAAUGAGAUCAUCAUGAGUCUGCCAGAAGAGAAGUACAAGAGCGAGUUUGCAUUGGACUCUGAAUGUUCGCUGCUUGUGGAGAGCAACAUGCGCCAAGGGAUGCAAGCAUUCGUCAGAGGCCCCGACCUACUCACAUUACUCACCGAUUCAUCCAGCGAUACAUCAGUGUACCGCAAGGAGCGAACUCACAGUCAGGAGAUGGACGCCAGCCUUUACUCUAUUUACAAGCGGUCACAGGAUUCCUCAGCAGCUAUGAACAUGUCAUGCGACGAACGAAAGAACGGUAGCAGAAGGAAGGAAGGUGAUCAACCGAAAACCACAGUUGGGCGCAGAAAAACCGAUGCUGGAUCUGGUACUAGAUCAGGAUCUCGGCAAAUAACUAUGGCUUACGACAGCACCAAGUCUUCAAAAUCUGUAACUUUUCCGGAUACCUUUGGUGCGGCCAUUGAACCAAAAACUGAACGUGACCAUAAAGAUAAGCCAAAAUACGAUCAGGAAAGUAAGGGUAUAUCCAUUAGUAAAUGUUUCGCCGAGAGUCCACCAGCGGCCAUGAGCUCGCCAACCAAGGCAACUUACGAUAAUCUAGAAGAUGCGGACCUGUGGCUUGCGUUUCUAUUGGAGACGGGACUGCUUGAGCUGAGUGAAACAGGUCCAAGCCCAUCCAUUCGGAUGGCCACCCGUCGGAUAACACUAACAGACAGUCCAGACUCUAUCCUUCAGCAGCUUACUUACUACCAUAAGACGCCCACGGCGACCGAUUCCGCAACAUUGAGAGACGACUACGAGGGUAUACACCGUCUGUAUCCGGGAUUGUUCCGUGAUACUAUUGCCUUGGAUGAUCCCAAGGAAGCAUUCCGCAAAGCCAAGAGCAUUAUAAAAGAUAUUGUCAACUCACAGAAGGGAUUGAGCCCAAUGUUUGACAUUGACUUCGCCAAUAAUCUCGAUUAUUACCCAACUGUGAAACAAAGACUGGAAGAUAUUCGUCAGGAGAUAGCACCCCAACAAAUUUUCUAUUAAAAUUAA